CUCCUUCCAUCUUUAUUCCACUCUACUCUCACCUUACAGCUUCCUUGCGUGAUCACCAUGGCAGACAAGCCAAAGUCCUCAAUUCCAGAGUGGCAAAAACCCAAUGCCAGUUCGGAGCGUAGCAGCACUGGCACCACCGCCACCACCACCACCACCAACCCAAGCGCAGAUGAUAACCACACCGAAGAGCGCCCAGCGCUCCUCGACCAAGCCGCCAAGUUCCUCCAGGAUGACUCCAUUCGCGACGCCUCUGUCGAACGCAAGAGAACCUUCCUCGAGACCAAGGGACUGCGCAACGAUGAGAUUGACCUGCUCCUAAGCCAGUCCCCAGAGGAGUCCAGCACCUCGGAGGAGCCGAGCAGCAACCCCGAGGACGCCAACAACCACGAAGCUCCCAGCAGCAGCAGCAGCAGCAGCAGCAGCAGCAGCAGCGCAUCUACAUCACACUCCUCCUCCUCAACAGCAACACCAGCAACAAACACCUCACCCGCCCCACCAACCAGCACCAGCAGCACCGGCACCUCCACCUCCACCACCAGCCCACCUCCACCCCGCGACAUCCCCCCAAUAAUCACCUACCCGGAAUUCCUCACCACGCCCGCCACGCAACCGCCGCUCAUCACCCUACGCAGCACGCUGUACACCCUCUACGGCGCCGCAGGCCUAGCAACGACCUUCUACGCCGCCAGCGAAUACCUGGUGAAACCGAUGAUCGCCCAACUGACCGCCGCGCGCCACGACCUGGCCGAGACCACGACCACCAACCUACGCACCCUGAACACGAAACUCGAAUCCGUCGUCUCCACCAUCCCCCCGCAUCCCAGCAGCACCGGCGGCACCAGCAUCCCCUCCGAAAACCCCGGAGGCGGCGCAGACGACGAAGACACAGAAUCCAUAACCUCCGACCCAACGGAACUCUUCCACCGCGACGUCGCCGUGCAAACCAGCCCCAGCCCCAGCCCGAGCCCCAACCCCCACCAACUCGAACCCACCCAACCUUCCCUAAUCACAGCAGCAACAGACGAAGAUCCAACCCCAACCCCCCUCUCAAAAGCCCGCACCCACACGGCCAGGAUGCACACCCUGACGGCCCACCUCCGCUCCCUCACGGACACCGACCACGCCGCCUCGGAGCUCGACACCGCCCUGCGCGCCAAGCUGAACGACCUCCACCAUUACCUGGAUACCUAUAUCUACAGCAAACCCGGGGCGGGGGCCAUGUUCAACCCCAUGGCGGGAUACGGGGUGUUCAGUACCCCCGGGGUGGAUGCCACGAAUACAUCCGGGACCAACGGGAACGGGGGCUUGGGGUUGGGGAAAGGGGAGGAGGAUGCCAUCGCCAAUUUUCGGACGGAGAUCCGCGGCGUCAAGGGGGCGUUGUUGAGUGCCAGGAACUUUCCGGCGGGUGGGGGAGGUAGUAGAGGAGGCGGGGCUGCUGGGCGAGCGUUGGGAGGGGGGUUGGCGGGGGUUUCGGGGAGGAUUGGGCGGCCUGGGUCGGAGUAGGGUUGGGGUUCUGUUUCAGGGGUUGAGUGGAUAUUGAAGGGGGAGGGGGAGAAUCCUGAUCUGGUUGAAGGAGGAGAGAGCAGAGAUUGUAAAUAAAGAGUCUGAUUUGAUGCUCUUGCGGUUAUGUGGUUGUUGAUAUCACAACAGGUAUCAUACAACAUACAAUGCCAGCCAGCGCAACUAAUUGCCUACGCCACUACGUCAAGUGAACAUAAAACAACUGAUCUACCCUC